CCAAUUAACAACAAACAAACACACGCAGUGCAAUUAGUAGGCGAGCGUAUAAAUAUGUGGGAGACAUAUCCCACAUAUAGUGCUGAGUAUUCGGAACAAACACAGUCGUCGUGCACAUAUGCGUGAAAAACUAGCUGGCAACAACGGGAGCGAGUCCAAAUGCGAAGAAAAGCCUGCAAAUCGAGGCGCUGCGAGUAAAGUGAAUAAAUUCGGUGCGGGCCAUUUUCGGGCGAAUAAUGUCUGCUUCGGUUAUUUGUGUAGAUCUUAGCUCGGAGUCCGACGAAGAGUCGCCCCCAGGACCGAAGCGUCGACGACUGGAGGAUGCCCCGCAACAACUGGCGUCAUGCGGUAGGCAAAGUUUUCCAGUUAAACUUGUGAACAUACCAAAGGCCUCCUUGGGAUCUUCGGUGGCAGUACCAGGAGUAGGACCAGUUGCAAAGAAUACGCCUCCGGUUCCAGUGGAUCCCCUCCGAUCCAUGCACAUCCCCAGUGGAAUCACAGUCACCAAGCAUCAGAAAAACAUUCUGACCACAAAUGGAAAUCUGACCAUUUCCCUGGCCGAGAGCAACAAUAACAACACCAACAGCUACAACAACAAUGUAAACGCCAAGCAGGUUAAGAUCGGUGCCGCCCAGAAAGUGGCCUGGUCGGUGAGCAGCAAGGCGCCUAGUCCGAAUGCCCUGAUAACCAGCGUGCCCAGUCACCAAGUGAGGGUGACGACCGGAAAUCAAAUACGGGUAGCAGCCGGAUCCAAAGUCAUACAGCCGACCAUGGGAGUAGCUCCAAAAACGACACCUGCGAAGAUUCAACUGCCGGUUGCGGUAGGUCAGCCUCAGCCACAGCCGCUGCAACCGCCACAGCUCCAGCAGCAAAAACCAAUAACGCUAGGUCUGACGAAGCCGAAAGCUUCGAUGGGCCAAAUGCUGCAGCAACACAAGGCGCUAGCGGGACAACAGAAGCUCAUUUCAGGACAGCAGCAACCAAGGGCUUCUCUGGGCCAACUGCAGCAGCAAAAGAGAUCGCUGGGCGCCAAGCUGCCACAGAAACAACUGGGCGCCCAAGUGCAACAGCAACAGAAAUUGCUGGGCGCCCAGUUGCAAAAGCAGCUAAAUCAGCCUCCAGCACAGCUUCAACAACUCCUUCAUCAAAAAACGGCAGUCGCAGGACAACUUCAGCAGCAACCAAAAAACCUCGUAGGACAACAGCAACAGAAGACGUCCCUGGGGCAACUCCAACAACCUAGAGCUUCUCUAGGACAAAUACAACAGCAACAACAACAGCAACAUCAACAACAACAGCAACAACAACAACAACAGCAACAGCAAAAAGUACCUGUAGGACAUACCCAACAUCAACAGAGACCCAACACAGGUCAGCUUCAACAGCAACAGCUUUCGCAAAAGACGAUCGUAGGACAAAUACAGCAGCAUCAGAAGGCUCUCCUGGGUCAGCCGCCACUUCCGAAGGCUACAAUGGGCCUACUGCGGCAGCAACAAUUCCAACCAAAUCCUUUGGUGGUGGCCCAACAGCAGUCAACUAAGGCACAACUGGCUCAGCAGUUGCAUAAUUCAGUGAUGGGCACCCAGAGUCCAGUUCAGCAGCCGCUAUUCUCUCCGAAACCGUCGCUGCCCGUCGUAAACCAAAUUACACACAAAUCGAUGACUAUACAGAAACUACCCAUGCUGCAAAAAGCGCCAACAGUGACGAAAGCUCCUCCAAAUCAGAUAUUUCCCCACCAGACACCGCCACCCGCUCAUCUAGUGCAAAAGCAGUCACCGCCACUUGCGCCAGUGCUAACACCCCCCUUCGCCUACCGUCCACCAAUAGUGAGACCAACGACGGUAGCCAAGAUCACGCCUUUGCCUCCGAAAAGCAAAGCCGGCUUCCAGAUGAAGCCUCAGGUCCCUGGAGCUAUCAACCCUACAGCCGCAAUCCUUAGUGCGGCCCGCACGUUGCCCUUCAGAAGCACAUCCCAAAAGCCAGAAACGCCUCCACUGACUUCGACCAAUCUUCAGGGAUUCACCGCGAGUGCCACUCCGCCGCAGCGGUUGCUGGCCACUCCACCUCAUUGUGCGGCCGCCUUGAACGAGCCCUUGCUGCUGAAUCUGCCGCCCACCACCAGCAUUACGCCCCAACUGACGCCCACGACAACACCCCCGCCAGCUGGGAUACCGACAGCAGUGCAGCAACAGCAGCUUGCAAAAGCGGCUGCUUUUAAAUUGAACUCCUUGCCAGGGGCGAGCAUUUCUCCAGUGACCAGGGCUCCAGUUAACAGCGCCAAGCGCAUCCAGCCCAUUACCGUGCUUAAGAAAUCCGACGAGGAGUGGCGGAGGCACUUGUUUGAGCAACAGCAGCAGCAGCAGCAAGAGCAAAAGCAGCGGGAGCAGAUGCAGAUGCAGCCCACUGCGACUCCCACAAUUGUCCUCGUGGAGUCACCACCCACCACGCCGCCCACAGAGAAACCGGAGACGGAGCGCAGGAGGAAGUCCGUGGAGAAAGCGGAGACGAUCAAGUCAGGUACGACAGAUAAACAACCCAGUAAAGUGAAAGCACCUGCUAUGAUAACUCCACCCAUAAAAACCAUGCAAGCCAUGAAACAGGAUUAUGCUGUCACGGAAAUUGUGGAUUUAGACGAACUACCAGAGACCCCGCCGAAGAAGCCAAAGCCAGAAAUUUCAAUUCCCAAAGAGAAACCUAAGGAAUCAUCGCCGCCAGCAAGGGCACCUUUUAUACCUGAGUACUCUGCACUUCUUAAGCUGUGUCGCGAGGUGGACAAAUCGGAGGACAUGGAGCGCUUGGCUCAGGGAAAAUUGACCAAGUACUAUUACAGUGUGCACGAGAGCUUCGUGCUGUCGCGUGGAUUUCGAAAGCUGCUCGAAGUGGCCAUUACGCGGAUCAGGGAGGAAUCGGACAUGGUGUACGUGCACCUCAAGGGCGUGGUUGAUGAGCUAAAGGCGCGACGGCGGGCCAAAGUAGUUCUUCCAGAGAAGGCGAAGCGGCCAGCAAAAGGGUCUUCACAUCCAAGAUCAUCUACACCUAAGGAACAGCAGCCAGAUGAUAUGGUUAGGGUGCAGGACCAGAGUCCAGUGAAAAAAGGGGAAGAGGUAGAAGGGGAGGAGGAACCAGAAAUGGAGUCGGAGACGGAGCCCGUUUCCCCCACUACCGACAAACGAAAGGAUGAGCGCAUCCGGAAGUUAAACUGCACCCUGUACACCUUAACUAAGCGGAUUAAGAUGUUGGAGGAGGCGGAUGUGGACUGGAACGACGAGGACUCCAGCUAUUUGCAGCUGGAGCGUUUUAAAAAGCGCGCCUGUCAAAUAUACGAGAAAAUCUGUGAUCUAACCGGCGAGAGCAAGAGUGCCCGUAGCCAACUGAAAAAACCAAUCCAAUUUAAGGAUACGGCCUAUCCCCAGUUCAAUAGCACACUUUCGGCCUUUGUCAACCGGAUGCGGGAGUUCCCAGACUACCAUGACGUCCUCCAGCUUCUCGAGCACUGUAACAAGGAGAAAGGACUCGGACUAGCUAGCUUUGAGAUGAAGAGAAUUGCCCAUGAUGCCUUUGCCAAAGUCGGACGACUUCUGCAGACACGUCGGAAGACUGAUCUUUACGAAACUGUUACGCACUUUACCGCAAAUGUCAAAGAUCCAGCUUCCAGCGACCCCGAGUUGCUCGCCAAGCUAAAGGAGAACAACAAAAAGAAAACAAAAAUAAGUGAUGUCUUGGAAAAGUAUGCCCGCGAGCAGGAUCUCAAUGCGGAGGAACGUCAAGAGGCGCGUCUCAAGGAGAAAAGGCUGAAACAGGAACAAGCUGAUGAGGAGGCCGCCAGGUUGGCUGCAUUGGCCGAGGAUGACGACAAGCCCUGCACAAGUGCUCAGGCAGCAGCUAAAGCGGCCGCCAUCGCAGCUUUAAUAAAGAGUUCCUCGGUUCAUGGAAAGGCGGAAAAACUGUCCAUCGAUGUAAAGGUUUCCAAAGAAGAAGACGGAGUGGACUCGGAGGAGGAGUCGGACACGGAUGACGAGGAGGAGGAUGUCGACGAUUUCGUGGAUAACUUCAAGGCCAACGGAGAAGUAAGUGACGCCGACUCCGAGGCAGAAGCAGAACCAGCCGAGGAGGUUGUGAUAGAUAUAACAAAAACAGAGACUGACAGUAAGAAUGGCGUAGCCCCACCCAACGGGAAGCUAAAGAUUAUGUCCGUCUCUAGUCUGAAUGCCAACUUCGUCCACGGGCAGGAAAUGAAUGCGAAGCCCAGCCUAAAGCCGACUGUUAAGCCCGACAUUACCGCCGAGAUAAUCAUUUCGGAUGAGGAUUCAUAGAACGAGUCGAAACCGCAGCCUAGUCUGCAACCCUAAUUAAGUUUAUUUAUUCAAUUCUUUCAAUUUAUACCUGAUUAGCUUUGAUUUCCUACAUGUUAUCCCUUUUUGUUUGCUUAAGCGGCACGUAACCACAUAUUGUAAGAUGAUUUAGUUUACUUACAAAGUUUUUUUGGGGCGAAGAGUAAUUUUUGAGCACAUUUACACCAUUUUGAAACUGUUUGUUGAUUUAAAUAUUCUUAACUUGAAUGUCGCUAAACUGAAGUUUUUCUUGCCAAGAUAUCGUCGUUCUAUUUCAUAGAUUCAUUACAUUGUCUUGCUAAAGAAAUAAAAAAAUCAUAAUUUAUUAAAUUAAUAAUACUGACACCAAAUUUUAUAACUAUUUAAAUAGUACACAACAAUUAAGAUUUCAAAAUAUUUUGGUAUUUGUAUUGCACAAUUAGGAAAAAAGGUCAAAUUAAAUAUGCAUAAUUUAAAGCAAACACUAACGUUAAUCUUAUCUAUUUUUCGCAUAAAUUAGUAACGCUCCUAGAUUUAAAAUUGCUUAAUAUGUUCAAACAUGACUGUCGCUCCUAAAAAAAUUUGAUGCUCUAAUCAUCCGUAAAAAUUUUGCCACGCUAUUUUAUUGCAAAAACCGUACCCCUGAGUACAAGCCACAAAAUACGUUAGUGUACAUAUGGAAUACUACUAGGCUAAGUUAGUUGUACAAAAUAAACAGAACGGUGAGAAACAAUAACUGAGAA